AUGGAUAGAGCUUUGUCGACAAGCGAUGUCCCGAAGAAAUUCCUCAAGGCCUGUUUGAUGGUGGGCCAUGUUCCACUGAGGGCCUUGGCCUGCGAUCCACGCGUUUCCUACGCGCUUUACAUACCUCCGACCCGAUACGAUGCCGAUCCCAACCCGACCAAGCUCCCCUUGCUCGUCUGGAUUCAUGGCACAGGCAGGAAAUGGGACACUCUCUACGAAGAUGAAAUGGUGUCUUUUGCGGAUCGUAUGCCGUGUGCAAUUCUCGCCCCGCUGUUUCCUGCUGGUUUAGAUGGUCCAAACGAUUUGGAUUCGUACAAAAUGUUGCACUCAUCCUCGCUUCGGUCUGAUCAGGCACUAUUGGGAAUCCUUGAUGAAGUUGCAGCUCGCUGGCCUGGGAUUGCGACAGACAAAAUUUUCCUUCAGGGGUUCUCUGGCGGUGGCCAAUUUGCUCACAGAUUUCUCUACCUCUAUCCUGAACGCCUAGCUGCUGUCAGCGUGGGAGCGCCGGGCAGAGUAACCGCGUUGGAUCUUUCGAAAGAUUGGCCUGAAGGUGUAGCAAACACGAAGACAUUGUUCGAUCUAAAGGUGGAUCCUGGCAACAUUCGAAAAGUCCCGAUUCAGUUGGUGGUUGGCUCGGAGGACAACAAGGUGCACGGGGGCGAAGCAUUCUGGAGUUGGUUAGAGAGUCUUCAAAAGAAGGAACUAAAGAAGCAAUCAGAGACUACAACGCUAUCUCGAAUGGAGCAUGGGCGAUUGCAAACUCUGAAAGAACUUCGUAGAUCAUGGAAAACCGAUGGAAUCUAUAGCCAGCUGGACAUUGUUUCAGGCAUCGCACAUGAAGCAGUGCAGGAGCACGCGAGCACAAGGCAGAGGGAAUGCGCCCCCCAAGCGUACAUCGAUGGCGUGUACGGCGUGUCGGCAAGUCAAGCUGAGGUGCGAUGCUAUGCAUUGCUUUCCCGCGCCCUGUACUCGAUGUCACUGGAGAAGGUUGCGAAGGAAAACGAAAGGCUACGAAGUUUAGUACAUGAAGCGGGAACAACGCCUUCCCAUUCACCUCUAGAUGCGGCCUUGCCAGAAGGUGCGGGUUCUACAUAUAAUGGAGCUUCAGAUAUCCAACAGGAAGCCUCGGUCAUCGAGAAAAUAACCUCGCAAAUACCCACCCCCAGAGAAAUCGGAGGCGUUUGCCUUGACGAAGCUACAAUUCUGGCACUUUUUGAGCAUUUCGCUGACCACUAUCUGGAUCAUCUGCCUAUCCUCGACCUCACAAAGCCAAUCGACCUUAUCUGGAGGGAUAGUCAAAUUUUAUUUUGGACAAUUAUUAUAACUGCGACCAGCAAGCACCACCAUCAUUCGAGCUACUUUGGGCCUCUUCAGAUACAAUUUAAACGACUUCUCUCGGAGUAUCUAGUCAGCUCUAUUCGCUGCAUAUACACAGUCCAGGCACUGUUAAUUUUAUGUCUUUGGCCGUUCCCGGUCGCGAAGCAGCAGGAUGACCCAAGCUGGGAGUACAUUGGAUUGGCUGUUGCUGCCAAUUUGAAACUUACAUCCGUUGACUCCCAAACAAACUGGCCCGGGUCAAACCCCUUGUUAAUUGACGAGAGUCUACGACAAAAGACCUGGCUGGGUUGUUUUGCAGUGAGCACCGAAAUUUCUGCAGCUCUUGCUCUACCAUCUCCGAUGGAAACGGUUUCGCACAGUAUGCCCAAAAUCAGACAUGCAGUUCAAUCUAGCUUGCCCAAGGAGUUCUCAACCCUUCUAGAUAUCCAGGAAUUUGCGACCAGGGCAGCCACACUCCUUAACAAUCCAUCCGCAGCCUCCGCCCAGAAAUCUUUUAUAGAGCUGCUGGAAAGGGAUCUAGCUUCAAUAGAAGCUCGCAUGCCAAAUCAAAUCCACCCAAAGAUUAAGCUCGGAUGUCUUGCAGCUCGCCUUCGUUUAUAUACUCUACCUCUACUAUCCCAAUUGUCAUUGGACCCGCAAAAGCGAAAAACCGGCGGCAUGUCAAAGGCUGUGUGGUAUAUGGGAUUCCACACGGCAAUCGAAAUCGCGAACACUUUUGGCCACUCAUCGAAUGUGAGUGCAGACAUACGGGCAAAUUCUACCGAACCAAUCGACGUCUUCUUUCCAAAGUAUUACUUCCAAAUCUUGAUCAUGGCUGGCAUGUAUUUGAUCAAUGUUGUGGCCAUUGAUAAAGAAAUGUCUGCGGAAGACAAAAGUCUAGCGCGGAAUCACAUCAAGAAGGUCUAUGAAACACUUGUGUGCUGGUCGCGGGAACCCAGAGACGAAGCGGGACGCGUUGCGAGAGUGAUUGACCUGCUCUCUCGCCACGUCCAAGGAUCCGAUAUGUUGUCGGAGAUACAGCCAACCGCCAAUGCAACACCCCCAACGAGCAUGAUCACCAGUGGAAUGUGGAUGGCGGGUCAGUUACGCAGCAAGCUUUUCUCUUCCUUUUCGCAACCUGCACAGCCGGCACCCGCUUGGGCACCCGAGCUGUCAGAGUUUCCGACUGGCCUUGAACCAAACUUGUUUGAGGAUGAUCUACUAGAAUGGAAUGCGUGGCUAGAAAACCUGGAUAGCAUACUCACAAACCCCGCAACAAUGACGGAUUUCGGAGCUAAUUAG